AGGCUGUUGUUUAUAUGAGCUUGUGGACGAUGGACGUGGUUAGCUAGUGAGGCUAAGUGUUUGAAUUUACAGAAAGUCUGUGGAUGUGAUAAUAGAAGUCAUUGCUAUUGUUUUUCUAAAGGCAUGUCGGGUAAUAAUGGCUUCGUUUUGACACUGAUGUUGACAUUAUGACAGCUGCGGAAUGACGGACGACUUCGAGAAGCAGAGCCACGAUGUCCGCUCCAGCGGUGAGCUGUGGACGGAGAUCUGCUCCAGUCUACCGGUCGUAAACGUAGAGGUAGCACCGGAGAACAACGGAGAUUUCCAGGACUCAUUCCAGCCAACAGCAAACGUCCGUACAGUAGUUAUUGGUCAAUCUGACGGGAUAAACCAUGACUCUACCAGUGUCAAGUGGGAACCCAUGGAGGAUUCAGAGAUUUACAUAGCCAGUUUAGAGAACCGUCUGAAGAAGUUAAAGGGCCACAGCAGUGAUGUCACCUCGAGGGACAUGCUGCGCUCUUUGUCUCAAGCUAAAAAAGAAUGCUGGGAUAGAUUCCUGCACGAUGCCCAGACCUCAGAGCUUUUUCAAGGUGGAGACAUAGAUGAAAGUGCACUUGAACAUUUCAAGAGGUGGCUGAUCCCUGAGAAGGUAGCCAUCAGUGCAGAGGAGCUGGAAUAUCUGCUGAGGCCGUCGCAGAGCCAAGAGCCGUCCGAAUCAAACCAGACACAAAAUGGAGAGGAAACAGAAGGAGACGCACAGCACUCUGAAGAAGUGGACGUCCCCAGUCCAGAGAAAUGAUUGUGUUCAAGGAACGAGGACAGGAGAACGUGAUUAACAACAUCUUUAGAACAUGUGACUUUGUAGCCUGGACACCCAUUUUCCACCCAUGUUGAUGUUCUUGUUUUUGUCCUUUUAUUAGUGGUCAAAGGAAGUAAUUACAGCCUUUAUUUAUUCUCCAUAUCCGCAGCAACUAAGUACUCAGUCCUCAUUCUGUCCUUGUUGUUUUCUUGCGUAGUGUCAACUACUUUACUUCACAGUAAUUCUUCCUCCCUGGGAAACAGGUGCCGAGAUGAAGGAACCAGGUGCCAGUGUCAUUAACAUUUUAGAAUGACAGUGUUUGACAAACAAGUUUAUUUAUAUUGAACUAUUCAUGUGUGUGUCAAGAAGAAAUACUGAUGUUAUAUGCAGUAUUUUGCAAAAGGUAAGGCAGAUGUGUGCUAUUAAGUAAUGUUAAAACAAAUAUACAUUUUUUUUAAAAAACUACACAAUUUUUAUGUUAGAUGUCUAAUAAAUCGGCACAGCAAUCUAUUUCGUAUGUAUGUAUACAUAUAUACAUACACAUUACUAACAUCUUUAUUGUUGACAUGUUAUUUUACCCAAGUAUCAAUAAAAUCGUUCUUUUUACAUGUCUGUAUAAAGUAAAUCUGUUUUCACCACAUGAUUAAAAUGUGUUUUAAUAGUU